CACCACACCAAACAAAUACUCUAAUCGCUGGAAUAAAAGUAAACAAUUGAGGUUUCUGGACGAAAAGGCGGCCAAAAAGGCGACUGCAUUCGGUUGCCAAGAUGACGGAAUGCCACUGGCUCAACUGGUGUCGACUGUGUGCCAAGGACGACGCCCGUGGCAACGUGAAGGUGCAAAUGAGCGGCAAUGAUCAGGCCUGGGACAACGUCCUGAUAAUGGCCAUUCGCAAGUACUUUGAAGUCGAAAUGCGACUGGAGGAUGAGCUGAGCAGCGUGCUGUGCACCGAGUGCUAUACCCUGAUCAGUGAACUAAUCGAUUUUGCGGAGCAUGUUACCAAGGUUCAGGCCAUUUUCGAGGUCCUGCGACGCACGGCAACGGAGCCCGGCAAGCACCUGGAUGUGGCUGCACUGCGCCAGCAGUACGGCCUCUGCGAGGACGACUGGACGCACAUCAUCAAGCCCAUGCAGUCGGCCGAAAACGAAUCGGAGAUCCAGCAAAAGCCAGAUAGUGUGUUACAAGAAUCUCCCAUCGGUGUGGAAGCCGCCGGCACAGAACUCGAAAUGCGGGUAUCCCAACCGUACCUAGUCCAAGCCAAAAACAGUCUGCAAAUUGGAAUACCACCAAAGCAGGAAUUUAUUGACAUAGGUCCCAUUUUGUCAGAGAAAUCCAAAAGUCGUCUAGACACAGACGAAGUGCUAGUUGAGCUGCAUGAAGACGAGUUGUCCCAGUGCCGAGUGGACAGCACGGUCUCUGCGGUUUUCCAGGAGCAGGAUAUCAAGCCCGAAUUGUUGGACAGCUGUGACGAUGAUGCCGAAUUCCUGCCCGAAAAGAGUCAGCAAAUGCAGCUCGUUAUUGUGACGACCCCGCAAUAUGCUCCAGAGUCAAUUGCCGAGGAAAAGGCGAAACGUGGACGCAUGAAUUGUGAAAAAUGUGGCAAGGGCUACAGGAAUCGCGCCUCCUACGAGAAGCACUUGGAGCGCGAGUGUCGCCGUGUCGAGCGGCGUGUGAAGGUGGACAAGGCCACAACCACCUGUGAUCUGUGCAACAAAACUCUAUCCUCCACAACGGCUUUGAAGCUGCACAAAGAGGGCAUCCAUCAGAAUGUCAAGCCAUACAUAUGCGAUAGUUGCGGCAAGCAACUGAAGACAAUCACAGCCCUAAAUGAGCACAAGCUGGUGCACACGGACAGUCGGCCCUUCGAGUGCAGCGUUUGCAAGGCGGGCUUCAAGAAUCGGGCUCGCCUGAAGGCCCACCAUCAAAUCCAUGCGGAGCCCAGUUUCGUGUGCAACAUCUGCGGCAAGAAGCUGCAGACGCGACGCACCUGGAACAUGCACAAGUUGGUACACAGCGAGGAGCGGCGCCUCAAGUGCGAUGUCUGCGGGGCGCUCUUCAAGCGCUCGAAAACCCUCAAGACGCACCUGCUCAGCCAUACGGGUUUGCGACCGUAUGUCUGCAACUACUGCGGGAAGUCCUUCGCCUGCAAUGCCAAUUGCCGGUCGCACAAGUUGAAGAAGCAUCCGCAGGAAGUGCAGCAGGAGGAUGGUGCCAAGCUACCAUCUCGCUUGAAUGUUCCCACGCUGGAAGAGCUGCGCGUUAUGACCCAAAAACUACCAAAAGGAACCGAUUAGGAUGAUUACUUUAACAAAAUAUUGUUUUUAUAUUGUUUAACUAAACACUAAAAAAAAUUGCAAUAUGAAAUUAAGCAGAAGAUAUAGGAUGUGGAUCAUUUCCGGACCUAGAAAGCAAAGAUUAAAAACGAAAUAAACAUAAAUUUUGUGUUUCCCAAAA